GAAUACACAUUUUACAGUGUGUUGAGAUCUGUUUUGACGUGUUUACGAACCGAAAAAAGUUUGUCUCAAAUAAAGAGGAUAACUAAGUCACUUUAUUUACAUUCUGGAACGAAAGACAAUUCAAAAAUGUUACGUAGCUUCAUUUUUCCCGAUAUUCCACCGGAUUUAAGCGAUCUACUUUUCCAAGAUGAUAAACAGAUGGUUGUGGUUGGAGUUCUUGGAAAGUCGUCUCAUGCCGACUGCAAUAAAAUGGCUGGAUUCAAAAUCUUAGACUUUUGUCCGUCGUUAAUUUCGUCCAAGCCACAAGAUGGAAAAAUUACGUUCUACUUCAAGGAGUCGGAAAAUGUGCUCUAUGUGCAUUUCGAAUCGACCUACGAUGCAUACAUUUUAAAGGAUUUGGAAAUGAUGCAAAAUGACACCACUCCUAUGAGCUUCCAUGCGUUCAACAGUAGUGUCAGAACGAAGUUUGCGAAGAUAUUAUUGUUUGCAACCCAAAUUUGUCACAUAAUUGUACUGGUAGAAACUGGAAGGGUAUUCGAUUCGUCGUAUCUGUCAAUGUUCAAGGCUUUAAAGACUAUACGAGAGCGAUAUGUCCUAAAAUUCCUACCGAAAUUGUUGAAAAAUACGAACGCUGGACAGUUUAUGGGCAAAGAUGGUCGUUUGUGUUCUCCGCGAAUCAUCUUUUUGUUUGAACGAUGCCUGCAGGAGUACAACGAGGCCGAUGGACUGCAAAAGCUCGAAUUUGAUAUCGAGGAUCGGAUCUACAAAAUGCUUCGAACUGAAUUUAUUAUCACGAAUAAUAGCUCGAUCUCCCUUUUCUCCAUUCCACGCAAUCAACGGUACGUUUACGUCAAUGAUGAUCCUGACAUAAGAUCCGAUCCCUUGAUUGAUAGCAUCGAAAAUCUAAUGAAUUUCGUUGAUAAAGCAUCGAAUAAGGAAAAAGUGACGGACAAUUGGGACGACAUAAGGCCAAUGAGGGGUUUUGCUAAGCCGUUAAGACUCUACAAUGAUUCGAAAAAGCUGGAAAAGCCGAAACAACGACGCUUUGUUGAUUUGUUGAACAUACACGUGACUGAGGCACUGCGGACUGGAUUUGAUGAUAGCGUUUCCAAAUUCAAGGGAAAAAGUCAUUUUGUGAUACCGAACAUAAAGGCUUGGUACGAUACGUUUAAAAUUCUGCACAAAAUUUUCAUUGAAAAUCCCGAAAAUCCGUCGGACUCAGACUACAAGUCGUACUUGAAAAACUUCCAUAAAAUCAUGGACAUCGACGAAAGAUUUUUCACCGAAUCCUGUGAAUAUGGCCUGGAAUUGGCGGUGAAAAACUAUAACGGCAUGCUACCGCAUCACUACAGCAGUGAAUUCCACGAACAGAUGAUUUUCCAAAGUUGCGAAAUUCUAUCGAAAUACGGUCGAUCUCCACAGAUCGACAGUUAUGUUGUGGAGCUACGGCAAUUAUGCGACGAAAUUUGGAUGAAUGGAAAACAACAGUGCGAAGUGUUAAGUCUGCGUAACAACCCUUGCAUCAUGCCCAAACACGAGUCCAAUGAUGAUCAUUCGAGUGGAGUAGUUUACAUAUCGACUUGCAAUUGUGGACGAACGCAAGGGCGUCGAGACGAUCCAUACACUAUUCGGCAGGCAAACUAUGACUUCUAUCAGGUUUUAGCCAAGAGCUGUCCAUCGUGUAACAAAGUGGACAAAAUCAACUUUUCUGUAUUCGAACCAUCAACGAAUGACUUUAAAGCUGCAGAAUUGGAUCAAAUCAACGCUGACAAUCAGCAACCAUUCGAUAAACCGUUCCUUAAUGAUCAGUCGCCGGUAUUAUCGGCUACCCAAAGUCAACCAGCUAAUCUUAGUCUGGGUACCAUUGAAAAUUACGACCAAAACAACGAGUAUGCUAGUGACGAGGAUUCGGUCAAUGAAAUUGUCAUCAAAGUGGGAUCGACACAGACGAAAAUUGAUAAAAACGUGUUGAGACAACCAUCUACCACCGAAUACUUACCAGGAAUGGUGCAUCUGUUUAGUCCCACUGGAUUAUUACCUCAAUUUCCCAGUUGGUCACUGGUCUGUAUCGGUCCAAGUUCCGUAUACAGCCACAAUAGCGGUUUGCCUGAACAUGCCCAAAGUGGUUUUCUGUCUCAAGCAAACUUUUUACUGCCCUGGGAUGUACACGUACGGGUAACAUCGACGACAGCUUCGUGGGCCGCAACAUACGAAAAAUCUCGGAGUAGAAAGAAACAACAGCCGCCGCCACAAGAAUUGGACGGUCAAGUUUUCAUUUUGAAAAUAUUUGUCGGCUGCGAAUAUGAAUGUACCCGGGGUCAUCGAUUCAUCAUGAAUUCACCGGAUAAAGUUUUGCGUGGCGGAUCAGCUAUAACCCGUGACAGCGGUAGUAAAAUCGUGUUCAAUGACAUGCCGCUGUAUUUCCCAUGUCCAUGCCGAAGUCAUAAUCCGAAAGUGGCGCAACUAAUGAGAGUUCACAUUGUAACGCCUAAGGCACCUGUAAAUAUUAGCAUUGAUCCGAAGGUUCGAACUGGCGAUCAAAAAACGAGUUACAUUUUUACGACCGGCAAAAAUCAGCUGCCCAAACUAACGCAAAGUGCCUAUUGGAUCUUAAGACUUCCGUACAUUUAUCAGGGUGAUGAUGGUCCGCUGCAUCCACCGACUGAAAUAACAGCUGCAAACUCUAUGCUGUACGGCUGUCUGGUAUCUGGAAUGUAUGGAAUAUCGGAAUCGGGUACACAAUAGACGUGUGUCGUGGACCGUCGUUGCUAUGAAUUCAAAUUCAAUGGAAAUUUUUGCAAAAUAAAUUUUCGGAAAAUUGUAAUUUGAUGCUGAAGUUUUCAUUGUCAAUUAGAGGUAUAUUUGCUGUUCACAUCAAUGAGUCCAUAAAAGUUGUCAGGUAACAUCAACAAAA